AUGAGCGGAAGAGGCAAAGCAGGAAAAGCGAAAGGAGACAAGUCCAAGACCAGAUCGUCCCGCGCCGGACUCCAGUUCCCGGUCGGUCGUAUCCAUCGUCUGUUGAGAAAGGGAAAUUACGCCGAGCGCGUCGGAGCCAGAGCACUGGUUUACCUGGCCGCCGUCAUGGAGUACUUGGCAGCCGAAGUUUUGGAGUUGGCCGGUAACGCCGCCCGUGACAACAAGAAAUCUCGCAUCAUCCCUAGGCAUUUGCAAUUGGCCAUCAGGAAUGACGAGGAGUUGAACAAACUAUUGUCCGGAGUGACCAUUGCCCAAGGUGGGGUGUUGCCCAACAUCCAAGCUGUGCUCUUGCCAAAGAAGACUGAAAAGAAAGCUUAA